AUUUAGUACUCGAUCGCAAACUGUCGGCAAUAUACCCAAUACUUCUCCGAAUAGAACACUUCCUCAGAAAGCCUACACGAUGCCUAUCGAGAAUUACGAUAUCGUCAUAGUCGGCGCUGGGCCUGUGGGCCUGCUCCUCAGCACCUGUCUCGCAAGAUGGGGCUACAAGAUCAAACACAUCGACAUGCGACCCGAGCCGACCUUGACCGGACGCGCUGAUGGCAUUCAGCCGCGAUCGCUCGAUCUGUUACGGAAUAUGGGCUUGAAGCGCGAUAUCAUGGCGAAUGAGCCCGCGAAGGUUUACGAAGUCGCAUUCUGGGAUCCUCAAGAUGGCGGCAAGGGCAUUCACAGAACAGGAACCUGGGCAUCAUGUCCAAAGUUCAUUGAUGCGAGAUAUCCAUUUACAACGCUUUUACAUCAGGGGUUGAUUGAGAGAGUCUUCAUCAAGGAUAUUGAGAAGCAUAAUACAAGGAUACAACGGCCGUGGAGGAUCACCGGCUUCAAGAACGAUGGAAAGGACCCGACAUACCCUGUAGAGGUCAGCAUCGCGCAUGUUGAUGGCGAUGAGCAGGAGACCGUCAGAGCGAAGUACCUGUUCUCUGGCGAAGGUGCAAGAAGUUUUGUGAGAGAACAGCUCGGAGUGGGCAUCACUCACAAGGAUCCGAUCGCGUAUGUCUGGGGUGUCAUGGAUGGUGUCGUGAGGACGGAUUUUCCAGAUAUCAAGAUGAAAUGCACAAUCCACUCAGACGCCGGAUCCAUCAUGGUUAUUCCACGCGAGAACAACAUGGUUCGUCUGUAUAUCCAGAUCGCAUCAUCCACAGACCCGGAUUGGAACCCACGAAAACAGGCCACAACAGAGGAAGUCCAGGAACAUGCUAAGAAGAUCCUCAAGCCAUACUACAUCGAGUGGGAUCGCGUAGAAUGGUACUCAGUCUACCCCAUUGGCCAAGGCAUCGCAGACCGAUAUACUUUGGAUCAGCGCGUAUUCAUGGGUGGCGAUUGCUGCCAUACUCAUUCUCCCAAGGCCGGUCAAGGCAUGAACACUGCAUUCCUUGACGCACAAAAUCUAGCCUGGAAAAUUCACCACGUCGAAUCUGGCUUCGCUGAUCGCUCAAUUCUCACAUCUUACGAAAGUGAACGCAAAUACGUUGCAGAGAAUCUCCUCAAUUUCGAUGCCAAGUACGCGAAACUGUUCUCUUCCCGGCAACCUUCUGCCAGCGAGCGCUCCUCCGCCUCAAAUCAGAACGCAGGCAGCAGCGACAACGAAGAAAAUCCUUUCAUCGCCACCUUUAAAGAGUCAUGCGAAUUCACAUCAGGCUACGGUGUUGCAUAUCUCGAGAACAUCUUCAACUGGUCAGAGUCACAUUCUGCGAAAUCGCCGCUCUUCCUCUCAGAAAAGAACCAGGGAACAAAGCUCCGUACUGGCCGCAUUCUCACUCCAGCUACUGUGACAAGGGUCGUUGACGCCAAUGUGGUCCACCUCGAACAAGAAAUUCCUCUUAAUGGUUCAUACCGGAUAUACCUCUUUGGCGGCAAACCAUCUACAACCAAACAAGCCAUCUCUGAUUUCGCCUCAAACCUGAAGAAGAAGGGUUCGUUUUACUCUGCCUACCAACGCUCCGACAUCGAUAAUGUUGACUACCACGAACGACACAAUCCUCACUCCUGGUUCUUCACAAUCAACACAAUCUUCAACGCGCAUCGCCCAGAAAUCGAGAUCAGAGAUCUGCUCCCUGAGGUGCUGGCGAGGUACACAGAUCAUGUCUAUGCGGAUGAUGUCUGGGAUCAGCGCGUUCCUGAAGCUCAGGCUGCUGCGCAUGCUAAGAUGGGUCUAAGUGAGGACGAGGGUGGAGUUGUGGUUGUGAGGCCGGAUGGAUAUGUGGGCUGCGUCGUGAAGCUUAUAGAAGGCAGUGGGACUGUGGAUGCCCUGAACGAGUACUUUAGUGCUUUUUGCACGAAGAAGAUUGGAGGGGAGGCAGCGAGGCUGUGA